AGUCUGCUGGCGACUGUCGAGCUGCUCAGCUCAGUGCUCGCUGGCAGUUCCAGUUUGCGGGGACUAAGAGGCGAUAAGUGUGGACGUUUCUCAAGGAUCCGAACGAAGUUGCAGUAUGUGGCGUUCGUGACGUAGUCGAGUGGCGCUCAUGUAGUCAUGUGGUGCUUCGAUUCCGUGGCCGAGUUUGCGUUGCAGCGCACGUGUUGUGGUUGUGUCGAGUCGACUUGACGCACCUAACCUAUAUUUUCGGCUGAGGGAGAAAAUAAAAGCAGUGUGUUGGAGUUUGUGUUUGUAGAAAUUUUGUUUUAAUUUAUUGGGAAGACAAAACAGCCACAAUGCCGAAGACACAUUCAGCGGAGAAAGCUCCGCGAAAGCAGGGCUUCAAUCGCUCUGGCCACAGUAUGAACCCUGAGAGGCCCACAGAAGGUCUCAAAGGAGUUGCCAAAGUCAGAACAAAAGGAACUAUAAAAAGGCUACAAAUGUACCGUAAUCAAAAAGCAAAAAGAAACAGGGUUGGAAAAAUCAUUAGUCCAGCUCCGUUUCAAGGCUGGCAUGCAUCUGGAACAGUAUCUAGAGUUGAGCCUUCCCCAAGGUGGUUUGGCAAUUCCAGGGUAAUAUCUCAAAAUGCAUUACAAAAAUUCCAAAAGGAACUUGGAGCAGUAAGGAAAGAUCCUUACCAAGUAGUCAUGAAACCAUCUACAUUGCCUGUGACACUCCUUCAAGAAAAAGCAAAACAUGCUAAGGUGCAUAUUCUAGAAACAGAAAGUUUUGAUAGGGUUUUCGGACCAAAAAAGCAGCGGAAGCGUCCAAAUUUAGCAGUAUCCUCAUAUGAUGAACUUCAGCAACUCGCAGAAGAAAAGGUUCAAGUUUAUGAUAAGGAAAAAGAUACUAAAGAUUUUGAUUUGAUAAGGCCAGAUGAUGGAGUAAAGGAUGCCCAAAGAGACUGGGUCAUGAAUGCUGGGCAGAGUAAAAGAAUUUGGAAUGAAUUGUAUAAAGUUAUAGAUUCUUCAGAUGUUAUUUUGCAAGUUUUGGAUGCUAGAGAUCCAAUGGGUACUCGUUCACCACCAGUUGAGAAAUACCUCAAGAAUGAAAAGGCUCACAAGCAUUUAAUUUUUGUUCUGAACAAAGUUGAUCUUGUACCCACAUGGGUAACUCAGAGGUGGGUUGCAAUUCUUAGCUCUGAAUAUCCUACUGUUGCCUUCCAUGCCUCUUUAACACAUCCUUUUGGAAAAGGCUCUUUGAUAAACAUACUGCGUCAGUUUGGCAAAUUACACACAGACAAAAAGCAGAUCAGUGUUGGUUUGAUUGGAUAUCCAAACACAGGAAAAAGUUCAGUUAUCAAUACUCUCAGGUCUAAGAAGGUUUGCAAUGUGGCCCCGAUAGCUGGAGAAACAAAGGUAUGGCAGUAUGUCACAUUGAUGAGGAGAAUAUACUUGAUAGAUUGCCCUGGUAUAGUUUACCCCUCUGCUGAAACUGAUACUGAAAAAGUCCUCAAGGGUGUAGUGAGAGUUGAACUUAUUCAAAAUCCCGAGGAUUACAUUGUAUCAGUUUUAGAGAGAGUAAAACCUGAGUACAUUGUGAAGACUUAUAAAAUCAAUGAGUGGGAGGAUCACGUUGAUUUCUUGGAAAAACUAGCUAGGAGGACUGGUAAAUUGCUGAAGAAAGGAGAGCCAGACAUCAGCCAAGUCGCUCGUAUGGUGCUGAACGAUUGGCAGAGAGGAAAACUUCCGUUCUACGUAGCUCCUGUUGGAUUCGAAGAACCUCUUCCCAAAGGAUCUAACCCGAGAGAGUCUAAUGCCACAAAAACCACUGAAUCCGAAACAGAAAAGGUCGACGAAGAUGCCUCCUCCGCACAGGAAAAAGAGCGGCCUGCCAUAGGUGUCGUUCAAAACUUCAGGAAAAUCAGAGUAGGUCUGCCUUAUUCCGAGGACGACAUGAGAACCGAUCUAAUUUUACCCGAUCCAAGCGAAGCCAACACCAGCCGAAGCGAAAGCAGAUGUACAUCCAUAGUUGGCGAUUCGAGCGACGAAGGCUCCGACGAUGAGAACGAAGAGGAGAACGAAGAGGAGAACGAGAACGAGAAAUCUGUAAAUACUGAAAACGAAGACACGUUGAACGGCGACAGCACUGUCAACGACACGUCCAUCGAAAAUACAAAAGACGACGACGAGGAUGACGAGGACGACGCGGACAUGGAGCCCAAAUUGAUCCCAAUUGAGAAGGACAAUUUGCUGAAAAGCGCCUACGACGAUCUUGACGACGAAGAUCCCAUGGACUCGAGUGACAGCGAGAGCGAAAGUGCGAAAACGAAAGCGACGUCAACCAGCGGAGCUUUCAAAGUUUCGAGCAUAGCUAAGUCUCAAGAUCCAGCGAAGCAAUUAACGGCCAAACAAAGGAGAGCAAUCGAGAGGGCAAACAAGAGGAAGAAGAUUGGAAGUAACUUCUACGAAGUGACUAACGUCAAGAACAGAAAUCGGAAUCGCAAGGUACCGAAAGUCAAGAGAAAAUAGAGUAUUUAGCUUUUAUUUAAAUUCCAUUUUUUUUUUGUAAAUUAUACAUAUUACAUUAAACUUGUUAUUAUCUUCUCUACAA